AUGAGAAGACAUCAAGUCAGGAUGUGCUCCAUCAAUCAACAUUACAUCAAGGCAUUCCUGCUUCGCAACUCUUAUGUGCUCUUCACUGUAGGAGCAGUUGUAGUAGGAGUCAUUUUGGGAUUUACUGUGCGACCUUAUAACUUAUCAUUGAAAGAAAUAAAGUAUUUAUCCUUCCCUGGGGAAAUACUGAUGAGGAUGUUACGGAUGAUCGUCCUUCCACUCAUUGUGUCCAGUCUUGUUUCAGGUAUUUCACAGUUGGAUACUAAAGCCACUGGAAAGAUGGGAUUGCGGGCUAUCAUUUAUUAUAUCGUGACAACUCUUAUUGCUGUAUUUAUUGGUAUUGUCUUGGUGACCAGCAUAAGACCUGGAACAGGCAAAAGAGAGACUCCAAAGUCUAGUGCCGGGGCUGAGUCGGUAACAACUACUGAUGCAUUUCUUGAUCUAAUUAGAAAUAUGGUCCCUUCUAAUUUAGUGGAAGCCUGCUUUAAACAGUACAAAACACAUUACAAGAAAAUCGUUUGGACAAAGAACAUCACUGUUAUGGUGAAUGAAAGUGUCCCGCAGACCAACCAGGAGACAGUGGAGGAGAUGAUUCCAGUCUCAGGAUCCGCUGAUGGAAUGAAUACUCUAGGUCUUGUGGUGUUCUCAUUGCUCUUUGGCUUGGUAAUUGGGAAAUUGAAACAGCAGGGCCAGCCACUGAAGAAUUUUUUUAACUGCCUCAAUGAUGCCAUAAUGAGCUUAGUAGCAAUCAUUAUGUGGUAUGCUCCUGUUGGCAUCCUCUUUCUAAUUGCUGGGAAGAUAUUAGAAAUGAAAGACCUUUUAGAGGUUGGAGGACAGUUGGGAAUGUACAUGGUGUGUGUCAUCGCCGGUCUGUUCAUCCACAGCGUCAUUGUUUUGCCUCUACUUUUCUAUCUGGGGACACGGAGGAACCCUUUCAUUUUCAUCUCUGGUCUGCUUCAGGCUUUGAUUACAGCAUUUGGAACAUCCUCAAGUUCUGCUACCCUUCCCAUCACCUUCCAUUGCCUGGAGGAGAACAACCAUGUGGACAAACGUGUAACACGCCUUGUCUUGCCAGUGGGAACCACCAUAAACAUGGAUGGUACAGCUCUGUAUGAAGCAGUGGCUGCCAUUUUCAUAGCCCAAGUUAAUGACAUGGCCCUGAACUUUGGACAAAUCCUUACCAUCGGUAUCACAGCGACAGCUGCCAGCAUUGGAGCAGCAGCCAUUCCUCAAGCUGGUCUUGUAACCAUGGUGAUGGUAUUGACAUCUGUAGGACUGCCCACCGAGGACAUAUCACUCAUCGUUGCUGUGGAUUGGUUCCUGGAUCGCAUCAGAACCACCACCAAUGUGUUAGGAGACUCAAUUGGAGCUGGCAUUGUUGAAUACCUGUCAAGAAAGGAACUGCAGAACACUGAUCCUGGGACCAGAAGCUCUGUGACUGAGGUCAACUACCAGGAGGACGAUUGUCUCGGUCAUCAAAACAAUAAAACAGCAGUCUAA